AUGCCUGCUCAAAGGGGUGCAGUACCCUCAAAGCUUCGCUGUGAGAAGCCUGGCUGUGAACUCACCACUUUCACCACUCGAUCCAAUCUCAACAGGCACAAUCACUCCAAACACGGCACUGCUAUUCGCAUGUCCUGCGGAAAAGCCCUUCCAGAUCAUAAGUCGAACAUUAAGCGCCACCAGAAGGCGUGUGUAAAAUGCUGCACAGCCCUUGAUCAGCCUUCGAGUCCCGCUGCGCAAACCAGCUUUGGGUCACCUACGAGCGCGACCAACGGUGCCAUGGAGACUACGGACUUCAAUUCCACCCACGAAUUUCAUUUAGGAGAGUUCAUCGACAUGAGCUUUCUCAUGGAGGACUAUACUUCCGAAAUCCUCCAGCCGGAAUAG